AUGCCAGAUGUGCGAUGCACGAUGCACGAGGCCGCAGUGCCACAAAGUCGCGAUCAGGAGAAUCAGGAACUCAGCCCCAAUGCCAGGUAUACCUCGUUUGUUGAGCCCCGAUGGGCAACCCAGACCGUUCGUAACACGAUAAACCCGCAGUCCACUGGUCUGGUGCAGUCAGGAUCAGUCUGGCAGUCAUCCCCAUUGGUCACGCAACGAGCCAUUGAUAACCGGUAG